AUGUGUCGUUUGUUUAUAAAUAACCGUCGUGAUGAAUUGCAAAAACAAGUGGCUGAAGGCAGUCUGAGUAUAACUGGCAGUAAUGAUGUGUUGACCUUGGCUUUGGGUCCCGAGCAUCUAGGGAGAGUAAGAGGGGUAGGUGCUGGGAUUUCCCCUAGGCAAUUCUUCAAUUUACCUAGACCACAAAGGGUAAAGUUUGCUGAUCAAUUGAAGGAAAGUGUAAGAAUUGUCCUUCAAGAAGAGACUAAGAAGAUGGAAGCUAGAACCAAACAAUUAGUAGAGGCUGAGAGGGAACAUUUACUAAGUCAGCUUUCCCACCUCAUCCCCAAUUUUGAUCCAAGCAUGCUUAAACCGAAAACUAGCCCCUGUCAAAACCAAGGUCUACAGCAAAGUCCCAUGAAUCCAAUGUCUGAUAAAGCAAGUUGUUUUGGGGCUGAAGUGAGAUCCCUACAUUUAGAGGAUGAUACUGCCAGAAAUGGGGAACAGCAGGAACAAACGGGUAAUGAAGUAGUUGAUUAUUCGAAUGUGGAGGUGCCAUCUUCCUUACAAUCCCUUUGUGGUUAUGUGGAAACUACACUAAAGCCACAGGGGAAGAUCAUGACCUUCAACAUUGAGAAGGAGGUGUUUGGUGCAGAUCGAAGUACCUUCGUCUUGCAUGAAGAUAUUACACAGUUUUCAGGCAUGGAAGAAAUUGGGGCUACUGUGGUUGCAGUAUAUAUGAGGUGCUUAUAUGAUCUUUUGAGAGAAGCAAAUAUGUGCAGCAUGGUUGGCUUUAUCGACCCUGCUCAAGUUAGUGCCAACGCUGGGUCACUAACUGACAGAUCACGAAUUGUAGCCAGUCGACUUCAGAAAACAGAUGGUGAACAGAUUUUCAUGAUGCCUUACAAUCCAGGCCGUCAUUGGGUCUUGCUGAUUGUGAGGGCAAAGAGGGAAACCGUCUAUUUUCUGGAUCCUCUGCCUGGAAAUCGUGUGGUUGAUGAGGAGGGCAAAAACAUCGUGAACAGUGUUUUAAAAAUUUAUAAUUCCCACAUAGGCAGACCAGGCCGUAAAGCACCAAUUUGGAAAACUCUGCCAGGCACACCAAAGCAACCCAGCAGUGUCGAAUGCGGGUAUUAUGUGAUGCGCUUCAUGAGGGACAUCAUCAUGGAUCCUUCCUUGGAGUUUGAGAAGAAGUUUGCCAAGGGAAAAGAUCAAGCGCCAUACCCCCAAGCAGCCAUUGAUGAAGUCAGGAAAGAAUGGGCAGAGUUUGUUUGCCUUCAUAUGGAUUAG